UUCUUAGUUUGUUCUUCUUGCUUUGCAUUUUUUUCUCCCAUUCUCUUCUGUUCUCUCAGAUUCUUUGUCACAUUCAAAUGGAAACCCCAUCUUCAACAAAAAGAGUCACAAGAUCACAAGCUCUUGCUGCUCUUACCAACACCACCACCAACAAUAUUCCUCUUUCAAGGGCCAAGAUUGAAGAUUCUUCUGAUAAGGGUGAAACAAAAUCAAGAAGGAAUGCGAAACAACAACUACGAGAUAGGUCUGCACUUAUUGAUAUAACAAAUGAUUCGCCUAUCGUUGGGCUCGCAAUGGAAAGUUUAGAGACUCCAUCAUCAACAUUACGCAAUCAAAAGAGCAGUAGAGCCAAGAACAACAUCCCCCAUACACCCGGAUCUGGAGAGGCAUUGCUUAGGGGUCAAGUGAAAACCCUCUUGCAUAAAGUUGAAGAAGAGGCAGAGCUCUCAAAACUUUCAUUGGGCGUAAUUGAGAUCUUUGAAGUGGAGAAACAAGACUGUCUUGAAUCUCAAAAGACUCUGACAAGGUCAUUAAUGCUGGAUUUCUCAGAGAAAUCUGAAGGUUCUGAUUCAUUGGAAUGCUCUUCUGAACUUACUUUCCAAGGAGAUAGCUGCGGAGUGAUGGUAAGUGAAAGCAAAGACAAGUCAUCAAUGACAGAAGAUGACAAUGCCUCAAUUUGGUCCAUUCAGGUCAAUGCAAGUACUCAUGAUGAAGAUGAGGAAGAAGUAAUAAUUGAAGGAGAGGAAGAAGAGUAUUAUUGUUACCAUAAUGAAUAUGAGGAGGUAGAAGAAGAAGAAGAAGGGGAGCAGGCUGAUGACGGAGGGUUGCUUGAUGAACUUUGUGAAGGAAUUAGCAAGAUAAGUGUGACAGCUAAAUUUGAAGGAAAGCACACAAGAUUUGUGUACAACAGUGAUGAUGAGAUUGUUGAGGAAGUAGACUGUGGAGAUAUGCCAACUCCAAAAGGGAAGCAUCUACGCUUUCAUUCAGACGAGGAAUGAGUGAUUCUUUGAUCCUUUUCAGUUGGUUUUUGUUCUUGGAUGGAUGUCUUUCUCGACACCAAUUUGGAGGAUAGUUCCUUGCUUUGUUUUCAUUUCUUGUUUAGCAUUCUGUGGGUUUGGUUGGACCAACACAUUGAAUUGAAACUGUGAAGCAAAGUUUGAUGAAAUAAUAGCAAUCUUUUCCUA